AUGAACAAGACCAAACACCCUGUUGACCCGGAAGAGACACCCAACAUUGUGCCUGACCACCCUCUCACCGGUAAAGCAGCCGAGGAGGACUAUCAGAAACAACUCGCCCUCCUCAAGGAGCAGAAUGAAACAAGACUCGAGAAAGCUCGGGAGUCGCCAUCCUCCAACUCAUCAACACAAAACACCGAUGGUCGCACCUAG